AUGUGUUUAGGAGUAUUUGAAAAAACGCCAUCGAAUACUGGGCAUUGGUCAUCAACUGGGAAUCCGUAUUCAUCAGGAUAUCGAGGACUUCCUGAAUCACAAGUGAGCUCGAAAAAUGGAAAUGUUGGAGGAAUGACGAGAUCCGGAAAUCAGCGGAUGACAUUCGGCAGUUAUGGAAGUGUGGACAGUGCUAAAGGACAAUCAUCAUCACACAGAUCAGGAUUCGGCUCAGGCAAUGGUCACGGAAAAUGGAAUCAAGGAUCGGGAUCUCAUCGGGGAAACAGGAAAAACUCGAAUGCGAAUAACAACAAUUGGGCAGAUAACGAUUGGGGACAGAACUCGGGCUAUUCGAAUUCGAAAUCGAGCAACAACAACAACAACAAUUGGUCAAAUAAUAAUAAUAAUAAUGAUAAUGAUGAGUACAACGAACGAAACUAUGGAAACAACAAUAACUAUGGUGGCAGCAAUGAUAACAACAAAUGGGGAAACUAUGAGGAGAACGAUAAUCAAGGAGGAAGCGGAGGAGGAAGCUGGAGCACCAACAACAACAAUAACAAUGGAGGAUGGGGAUCGUAUCAGAAAGGAGGAAACGGCGAGGAAGACAACUACGACGGAGACGGUAAUAAUCGGAGUUAUGGACAAGACAAUGAUAACUAUGGAAACAAUGGAGGAAGCAGUGGAUCAUGGGGAAACACCAAUGACAACGAUAAUUGGAAUUAUGGAAAUCGAGGAGGAUGGGGAAGCAGCAACAACAACAAUAAUGAAGACAACUACAAUGGAAACAACAAUUGGGGAAGCAAUUCGGACAAUUACGGAAAAGGAGGAAAUGAUAACUGGGGAAGCAACAACAAUCAGGACAACUAUGGAAAUGGCAACAACAAUUGGGGAGACAAUAGCGAUAACUAUGGAAAUGGAGGAGGAUCGUGGAACAACAACAACAACAACGAUGGAGGAAGCUGGGGAAACAAUGAUGGAAGAGGAUCAGGUUCGGGAAGUUGGGGAACCAACGACAACAACAAUUAUGGUAAAGGAGGGAGCUGGGGAAGCAGCAAUCAAGGAAAUUCGUGGGGAAACAACGAUAACGACAAUGACAAUUACAAUGGAGGAUACCGUGGAGGAAAUGGAGGAUCCUGGGGAUCGAGCAACAACAAUGACAAUGAUGGAUAUCAAGGAGGAGGAGGAGGAGGAGGAGGUGGAGGAGGAGGAUAUGGAAAUAAUUGGAAUAACAACAACAAAAACAAUGGAGGAUCUUGGGGAAGCAAUCAAGGCGGAAAUGAUAAUGACAACGACAAUUGGGGAAAUCAAGGAUACGGUAAUCAAGGAGCCUAUGGCAAUUGGAAUAAUCACAACAACAACAAUCAAGGAUGGAAUGAUGACGACAACGGAAAUGGAAAUAACAAUAACAACAAUGAUAUGGAUUAUGGAGAUUACUACCGCAUGAAAAUGCGGGACCCUCAGCUCAAUGCGACUAUUCCACUUGUUGAAGCUCAUACUGCGUCGCCAGACGACGUCAAGAAGAAGAUUGACGAACUCAAAGGAUUUGACACGUACAAAGCAUAA